CGAGAAUAACGCAUUUGGUGCAUGCAUUCUGAUAAAAACGAAACAAAGAUGAUUUCAAGAAUGGUCGCAAGCGCUCGUAUCCCUCGGAUCUGCCUGGCGAUAGCAUAGAAAACCCAAUCGAAAUACCUGACGAUCCAGCCAGCAAGCAGGCAAAGAUCAGUGUGCCGACAUUGCCGGACACAGCAUUAGCAAGGUCCAUUUACAACGAGUUCAUGACCCCAAACAAUACUUUUAAAAGCUCGGUGGCGCGAACGGAGCGUCUAGAUAGAUUCAAUCGCUAUAAUCGAACGUCCCCACAGCCAGCGAGACCCAUAUCUGCACCUGUCAUCAAGAGAGAAGAGACCGAUGUUGAAGAUACGAACAACAACACCGUCGAAGAUAGUUUAGAUGGCAUGGUCAAAGAAAUGAGGGAGCUUCUUCUAGAUCAUCGUAAAACUCCUCCAAUAGUCCAACCUAGUACACCUCCGAGUCGAGUAUCUCCUUCAAUUUAUAAGAAAACGAUAUACCCAUACCCAUCAUUUGAUGAGUUAUACAAGAAAACUGCCAUCCCAAAAGGGACCAUAAAAUUGAAUCAAGAACAGCAAGUGAUGGUAAAGCGAGCUUUAAGUGGUGCCGGAUUCGACACUUUAUCCAUCAAAACGGCUAUGGUGCAGUUCCGUGAUAUUUGCAAGUUGCGACCGGAUACGUGGCUUAAUGACGAGAUCAUCAAUUUUUAUAUGGAGCUUAUUUCGGAUCGGUCGCAAAAGAACCAAUCCAAAUAUCCAGCUAUUCAUUGUUUCAAUACGUUCUUUUGCACGACGUUACUGGAGUCGGGAUAUGCGAAAUUGAAACGCUGGACGAAAAGGGUAGACAUUUUCUCAAAAGAUAUGGUAUUGAUACCAGUUAACAGUAGCCUACACUGGACGCUGGCCGUCUUUGACUUUCGGAAGAAGCAGCUGGCCAUGUACGACUCUCUCGGUGGAAACAAUGUGCGAUUAGUCAAGGCCCUACUUCAGUAUCUGGAAGAUGAGCAUAUGGAUAAAAAGAAGACACCGUAUGACGCCUCAGAUUGGAGUAUUUAUGUCCCAAAAGAUAUUCCACAUCAAAGAAAUGGCGACGACUGUGGUGUUUUCGCAUGUACCUUUGCGGAAAGGAUAUCAAGGGACAACGAAUUUGAUUUUACGCAAAGCGAUAUGAUAGACUUAAGGCAGAAUAUGGUAUACGAGAUCAUACAGAAACAGCUACUUGUAACAUGAUCUACAAUUCAUUUCAGCAUAUGCAUAAUAUUUAAUACAAUAUGCUUUUCAAAAUGACAUAGCCAGUAUCGGAUGUGCGGGACGAGGAAAACUUAAAUGGAUAUUUGUUA